AUGAGCAGCUCCCUGGACCUGGACCGAGCGCCCACCCUGGACGAGCUCCUGCGGGGCUGCGUCGAUGCCUUCGACGCGCAGGGGAAGGUUCGGGACCCCCAACUCGUCCGGCUCUUCCUGGCCACGCACCCCUGGUACCUGCCCCAGGCCGAGGUGGCCGCGAAGCUGCUGAGCCUGUAUCCUUCCCCCAGUCUCCAGAGACCCCCCCCUAACCCUUCCUUGGGACCCCUUGGGGACCCCCCCGAGUUUUGGGGUCCCCCCUGAGCCCCCCCUUUCCCCUCCCCCCCCAGGUACUGGGUCCGGGCGUUCCCGCGGGAGCUCUCGGGGGACCCCCAAGUUUUGGGGCGGCUGCGGGAAUUGGGGGCGGCGCUGGGGGGAGACCCCCAAAAAACCCCCCUGGGGCUCGAGAGCCUCCUGGAGGAGGAAGGUGACGAUGAUGAGGCCGAAGGUGACGAUGAUGAGGCCGGAGGUGACAAAAAUGGCGGGGGUGUCCCCGGGGGGGUCGUGGCCCCCCCCCGCGCGCGGUUCUCGAUGCUGCUGGAGCCGCUGGAGCCCCCGGAGCUGGCGCUGCUGCUGACGCACCUGGAGCACCGCGGGUUCGGGCGGCUGCGCCUCCGGGACAUUCGCGCCUUCGCGCGCUCCGCGGGCACCUCGAGCUCUCCCGCUCUCCGCCGCUUGGUGGCGCUGUCCAACGGGCUCUCGCGCUGGGUGCAGCUGCGCGUGCUGCGCCCCCUGGCGGCGCCGCAGAGAGCGGCAGCGCUGGGGCAGUGCCUGCACCUGGCCCAGAGCCUCCUGGAGCUCCGCAACUUCAACUCCCUCCUGGCCGUGGUCGGGGGGCUCGGCCACGGCUCCAUCGCGCGCCUGCGCCGGACCCUGGCGCUGCUGGACCCCCCCCUUAUCCAGCUGUGGGCACAGCUGGCCGAGGCCGUGGGCUCGGGGGGGAACUACCGGGGCUACCGAGCGCUGCUGGGGGGCGCGGGGGGCGCCGGUGGGUUCCGGGUGCCGGCGCUCGGGGUUCACCUGCGGGACCUGGUGUCGCUGGAGGCGGCGCUGCCAGACUGGGGGCGCCCGGGACGCCCCCACCCCAACAAACUGCGAGCCCGGUUCGCCCUGCAAGGGGCGCUGCUGGCGGGGCGGGAGCAGGGACCCCCCGGGACCCCCCACCCCGACCUGCUCCGGCUGCUGGAGGUGUCGCUGGCGCUCGGGCCCAGCGAGGAGCAGCUCCACCAGAUGUCGCUGCAGCGCGAGCCCCGCGAGAGCGCCCCCGCCGGGCCCCCCCCGGAGCUGCCCCCCGCCCUCCCCCCCGAGCGCUGGGUGCUGCCCGAGCCCCCCCGGCCCGACCCCGAGGGGCUCCGGCCCCGCCUCGAGCAGCUCGUGGAGUCCAUUUUCCGGAACUUCGACGUGGACGGCGACGGGCGGAUCUCGGUGGAGGAAUUUGGAAUCGUGCGGGAAAACUUCCCCCACCUGCCCCCCCUGGGGGAGCUGGACACCGACAUGGACGGGGGGCUCAGCCGGGGGGAGGUCCUGGAUUAUUUCCUGCGCUGCAGCCAAGGACCCCCCCCGGGACCCCCCCAUAAUUUUCGGGGGCUGCGGGGGCUUCGCGCGGGGCCCUGCGAGACCUGCGGGAAACUGAUUUGGGGUCUGCACAAGGAUGGGAUGGAGUGCAGCGACCCCCCCGAGGAGAACGAGGAGGAUGAGGACGGAGUGUUUGACACCCACCUGUGA